AUGGUUAUCUCGAAGGCGCUCAAGAACUUGGGGGGCUAUGCUGGGCUGACGGCUGGGCCGGAGGUAGAACGCGGGGUUUCUAGUGCGGCCAACGCGCAGGCGCCCGCAUCAUCGCAGGGCGGACAGGUGCUAGACACGGAUGAUAUAGAUGAGAACGACGAGUCUGGGCAGAAUAUUCUUAUGAGUAUCAUCUCGCAGCUGAAACCGGGGUCUGACCUAACGCGGAUCACGUUGCCCACAUUUAUCCUCGAGAAGAAGUCUAUGCUGGAGCGAAUUACAAACCAGCUGCAAUACCCAAACAUCCUGUUAGAUGCUCACGCAGAGAAGGACGAGUUACUGCGGUUUGUGAAAGUAGUCAAGUGGUACCUGUCGGCAUGGCAUAUUGCUCCGAAGGCAGUCAAGAAGCCGCUGAACCCAGUAUUGGGCGAGUACUUUACAGCCUAUUGGGACCUACCGAACAAACAACAGGCUUUCUAUAUAGCGGAGCAGACAAGCCAUCACCCUCCGAAGAGUCUCUAUUUUUAUAUGAUCCCGGAAUCUAAUAUUCGAGUGGAUGGCGCUACAAUCCCAAGAUCCAAAUUCCUAGGAAACUCCACGGCGGCAGUGAUGGAGGGUCUAUCUGUACUCCAAUUUUUGGAUAUUAUUGAUCCCCGGACUGGGAAGCCCGAAAAGUACACACUCACACAGCCGAACAUGUAUGCUCGAGGAAUUUUGUUUGGGAAGAUGCGGUUAGAGCUGGGUGACCACAUGUUAAUUAAGGGUCCUCGCUUCCACGUAGACAUAGAGUUCAAAACGAAGGGCUUCAUAUCCGGGACGUACGAUGCCAUAGAGGGUGUGGUCAAGGAUUACAACGAUAAAAGCUACUAUGAAAUUACAGGAAAAUGGAACGAUGUGAUGCACAUUCGGGAUUUGCGAGUCAAAGGCGCACCUGUUGAAGUUUUCUUUGAUGUUCAUAGUAGUGUGCCGCUGAAGCCAAAGGUGCGCCCUAUAGAAGAGCAGGGCGAGUACGAAUCCAGAAGACUGUGGAAGCCGGUAACAGACGCCCUGGCUAUCCGUGACCACAAGGUUGCGACCGACGAGAAAUUUAAAAUUGAAGAUUACCAGAGGACUUUAGCUAAGAGGAGAGCUGAGGAGGGGGUAGAAUUUCAUCCAAAACUAUUCCGCCCUGUAAAGCCUGGUUCAGACUUAGAGUUCUACAUCUACAAAAAUAUCCCUGAAGGUGAUGAUCCAGAGCAGCAGAUCAAGUCUAUCCUCGAAAUUGCGCCGAUAUUACCUGGUCAGGCGUUCACAGAAAAAUUUAGCAUACCUGCUUAUGAGAAGCAUGAGUUGCAAAAGCGAGAGAGCCUCUGA